CCAUGUCCGUGAUCUGAUUGGAUACAUCGCCAUGACGUUGAUAGCAGUGUGACGUCAUUCACUGGCUCUCAUUUUGGAAGGGAUUCAGUCGCCAUCGCAGAUACACCAACAGCUUCGCACUGGGAAGCGGCCGUUCACCUGCUCCGUGUGUGUGAAGAGACUCAUUCAGUUAACCCACCUUGUGAUGCUCCGGUGAGUUCACAAUAAAUAGAGGCCACAUUUCUGUCCGGAGUGAGCAAAGAGUUUUACUCAAUCAUCCAAGCUGCUGCAACACCAGCAACUUCACAUCAGGGAGGAAAAUCAGUCCUGGGAAAAGCCUCUAGCUAUCCACACGACCAAUGCCUCUCAUCAUCUUGUACACCUGUAUAAAUUUCCUGCAUGAUUUUCUCCAGACGGAAUUAGACGAUGAGCUCACUGUGGUUUUCACGUUCUUCAGGCCUCCGGACUAAAGUGGUUAAACACUUCCUUCCCUGCUCUUUUCAACUUUUGGUGUCAUUUUCACUAAUUUCAAAGGACUGUGCCUCAGACAGCUGAGUUGUUGUAAUGCAUCUCUAAAGUUUGACAGCAGACAAGUGAGUGAAUCUUCGAUGGAGCAGAGUCAGAAACCAAAGAGUUACCAGCCUGAGUCAGGGGUUUGGGGCUCCGGAAAGAGCUGGGAACUAGAGUUUACAAGGAGGAGGAGGAAGAGGAAUCAGAUCAGCAGGAUGCGGCUAAAAAUGAAAGAUCAAAAACAUUUGGAAACUGGUUGAUCGAAAAAUGUGGUUAAUUUCUGCAAAAUACCGGUGGAAAUCAACAGAUCAGGCGGUCAAUGUGGAGAAGAAUAAAUAGACAACGUGUAGGCCGAGCCCCUUCAGCAUGCAUUGGCUGUGUGAUCCUCUGCUUAGUUGCUGCCUGAACUGCAGAGUUCCUCCAGCAGUUUAUGUGUAUGUGUCUACAUCUCCAGCAAAAGCAGAAUCUCUUGUGUUUUAUAUCUGCAUUUGUAAGAAUGUUCUACUUUGGCAUUAAACACGCGGAAAGUUUGCUGAUAUUAAGUGUAUUGUUUUAUGGGAGCUGCUUUCUGCGUUAAAAGAGGUGCUGAGUUUUCUACACAAAAAGAAAAUGAGGUAUGUACUUGAACCGGUGCUUGCAGAAACUUUCAAUGGCACCGGGAUUAACUUGAAAGCUCUUUAACAAUUCUCGCUGUCGCUCAAGCACCGACCGAAUGCGCAGGCGUCAGGGUUGCGGCUGGUCCGAAUAUCACGCAUGCGCAGUACACAAAGGGCCUCGGAUAUCGCUGCCGGUUAAAAAUGACGAGGAAUUUGUUUCCGGGAAUCUCGAACACAACACACCAGUUUUGCUGUCUCUAUCCAGACAUUUAAUAAGUGGAGCAAGAGAUUCACUCGAUCAUCUGACCUGCUGGCAUGCCUGUCAUUUUACACAGGGGGGAACCCAUUCAUUUGCUCAGACAGUAGGAAUGGAUCAGUCGGUCAUCUCCACUGAAGGUACAUCAGCAAGUUCACACUGGGACAAGGACAUUCACCUGUUUUGUGUGUGAGAAGGGAUUCAGUCGGUCUUCCCACCUGUGGACACACCAGUCAGUUCACACUGGGCAGACGCUGGUUAUAUGCUGAAUUUUUGGGGAAGGAUUCACUCAGUCAUGUGACCUAAUGGCACACCAGCGAGUUCACACUGGGGAGAGGCCGUUCACCUGCUCGGACUGUGGGAAGGGAUUCACUCAGUCAUCCCACCUGCUGAGACACCGGUCAGUUCACACAGGGGAGAGGAUGUUCACUUGCUCUGACUGCGGGAAGGGAUUCACGGAAUCAUCUCAACUGAAGGUACAUCAGCGAGCUCAUACUGGGGAGAGGCCAUUCACUUGCUCAGACUGUGGGAAGACCUUCACUCGGUCAUCCCAACUGAAGAUACAUCAGCAUGUUCACACCGGAGAGAGGCCGUUUACCUGCUCAGACUGUGGGAAGGGAUUCUCUUUGUCAUCUCAGUUACUGAGACACCAGUCAGUUCACACCGGAGAGUGGCCAUUCACCUGCUCGGACUGUGGGAAGGGAUUCACUAAAUCUUCUCACCUACUGAGACACUGGUCAGUUCACACUGGGGAGAGGCCAUUCACCUGCUCAGACUGUGGGAAGGGAUUCACUGAAUUAUCUCAACUGAAGGUACAUCAGCGAGUUCACACUGGGGAGAGGCCAUUCACCUGCUCAGACUGUGGGAAGGGAUUCACUGAAUUAUCUCAACUGAAGGUACAUCAGCGAGUUCACACUGGGGAGAGGCCAUUCACCUGCUCAACCUGUGGGAAAGGAUUCACUUCGUCAUCUCAUCUGAAGCAAAAGAUCACGAAAAUCCCUCUUCCAGACUCACAAGGAAGAAUAUUUCUGUCAUUGGAUAGCCCCGCACAACAAAACCCUGUUAUCUCUAGUCAUAACCUAAACAUUGCUGCUACAGAGAAACCAUUACCUCAGCAGUGAAACACUGCACAGAGGACGUUACAUGAGCAGUGAACCUUACAGCGUGUUACACUUAUGACACACUACUCGGUUCACACUGGGGAGAAAGUUUGAUUAAGCUGCUUGCUGGAUAUUUGUCCAUCACCGUGCUGAAUGCAAUUCCGAGAGUGACUGCCGGUGCUGAAAUCUGCAAUAAUUGCUGCUGCUCACCACACCCAGUUCUGCACCCUGGUCACUGGGCAUGGGAGGAGUUUCUUCUGCCGCAUAUUCACCUUUAAUGGGACUGGAGUUCAAUAUUUUGGAUCUGAGACAAAUAAAUCAUUUCUAUUUUAAACUCUGUCUCCGGUACUUGGUGAAUUUAUAAUACACCUAGUGUACAGUAGAGAGUCAACUCAGGCCGGCUGGACCCUGCCAGUGAUUCAGUUCCACGACGGUCCUUUGAAAUCCUGCCCUGUUGUUCAUCUCUCGCUCUCCCUGUGCUUAUGGGUUCCAAACAGUCACCACUCUGUGGGUGAAGAGGUUUCCCUUGAAUUUUCUGCAGACUGAAGAAGUUGAGCUGACUGCAGUUCUGUUUGAGAUGUACUUCGCCCCUCUUAUCUCUGGGCUGAGGAAGAAUGACAUUGGUAGUUAACCUCCUUAUUGGUGGCUCAUUUCCACAUUAUGGGUCAUUUUCCCUGCUUAUAAAGGGUUGUAAGGAAACACCACUGUCCUCUAAAGACUGAAAUCAGAAUGGGAAACCAUCAGUUGGAUGUUCAAUGGAGCAGGGUCAGAAACCAGAUGCAGGUCUGCACAGGGCAGAGUUUGGGGCUCUGGACGAUGGUCGGGGUGAGAACGUAUGAUGAGGAGAAGGGAAUCAGCAGCGGGGCCUGGCAACGAAUGACAGAGUAACAACACUUGGAAGCUGAUUGACAGGGAAAAUCUUUGGGUUCUCUGACUGAUGACACAAUACCCGUGCUGAGGGUGUGUUGGGAAUGGUUUCAUCUAUUGAGGGAGUUGUUCCUGCUUGUUUAUCCUGUAAUAUUAUAUCUGGAUGGUUAUUAUGGAUUGUCCUAUCUGAAAUAAUGUAUUGAUUAUCAUAUAAUUUGUCAGAUUUUCUGGAUCUGGCUUGAAUUUAUGGUACCUUCACGAAUUGAUGGAGGGCGUUCAUGAGUUUGUAUUUUAAAGCAAGAUUUUGCUGAAUGAUAUUUACCACUUGAUUGUACCUUUGUAAGUAAUUAGAUUGAGUUAAACUGCUGCAGAAUCCUGAAAUGUGUUGGAUUGUGUCUGGUUUCUCUUGGCAUUUUCUGCACUUGCUGCCUUGUUUGUUUAUAUUUCAUGUGUUUUUGAUUUUUUUUUUUUCCGUUUUGGAACCACCUUGUCCUGUAUUUCUGGAAGGAACCCCUCUGUUUCUGGGAAGAGGUCUCCAGUUCUCAGUCAGGUGCUCAAUGCUUCCUUGUCACCAUCUCGUCUGCUCAGAUCGUUGGGAUGUCUCCCAUGGAGGGUCAUACUUCCAUAGUGAUGAUUCAUUUUUCUGAUUUGACCUCUCAUUUAAGUUUUCUGGUCUGUAUUUCUUACACGAUUGCAUAUACACACAGGGAGUGCUGAAUCCUGUUCAUUUUUGAUGAAAAUAUAUAUGAGGGGUGAUUGAUAUGUUCGUGGCCCCGGGUAGGAGUCAAUUUUAGAAAACCAAGCACAUUUAUUUUUCAACAUAGUCCCCUCCUACACGCUUAGUCCAGCUUUAAUGGAGCAUACGGAUCUUGGACCUCCAGAAAGUGUCCACAGAUGGGUGAUUAAUGAGUUCAUGGCCCAAGUUAGAAGGAGAUGAGUUAUAAAGCUCUCGUUACAUGCACAUGCAGGUCAGCUCUUUGAGUGAUUAUGCGGAAAGUUUGAAGUUAAUAACUCAUUUCCUUCUACCUUGGGCACAAACCUAUCAAUUACCCCUGAUGAGUUCUUAACUUCAAACUUUCUGCAUAAUCACUCAAAAGAGUUGAACUGCAUGUGCAUGUAACGAGGGCUGUAUAACUCAUCUCCUUCUACCUUAGGCCAUGAAUUUAUCAAUCACCCUCGUACUUAGAAGUUUUAUCUGACUGUUGUGUGAUUUUGUUUUAAUGUGUGUUAUUUCACUUCCUUCUUCUGUCCAAGGUAGUGUUAAUCUAAGUGGGUUUGAGUGUAAAUAGUCUUUUCUAAAGUUUUCCAAAGUUCUUAUUUAUCUUUAUAAAUUUUACUGAUUGAAAUGGGACGAAGAUAUUUUCACUUGAAAAAAGCCAAUGUUGGUAUUGAUGAAAGUGUUUAUUGCCUUCGUUGUAUUUGUUAACUAUUGAGCUCUGUUUGGCAGGUUUUUUUAAGCCUUGAACUAAACUUUGUUAAAGGUUUUCCCUAUUUCACACUACUUUCUAUUUUCUUUCCUUAUUGUUAUUCCAGAUACGUGGGCAUCAAGAGUCCCAGUGAAGGGUCUUGGCCCAAAAUGUUGAUUCCCAUCCAUAAAUGCUGCCUGACAUGCUGAGCUCCUCCAGCACUUUGUGUGUAGUUCUCUAGAUUUCUAGCAUCUGCAGAUCCUCUUGUUUCCCAGAUACUUAUAUGUUUCUUGAAAGAACAAGCCAAGAACAAGCUGGUAGUGGGGUUGUGUGGAUCUGUUGGUAAAAUAUUAAAUAAAAUCAUUAGAAAGAGGUGGCAUAGGGUUGGAAGGUGUAGAAUCUGUGAGUCGAAUUAAGGAACAGCAAAUGUCAAAAAAAAUCCCUAAGGGGAAUUGUAUAGAGACCCCCAAACAGUAGUAAGUAUCUGGUCCACAAAUUACAAUGGGAGAUAGAAAAUGUGUGUGAAAAGGGCAAUGUUACAAUAGUCAUGGGGGAUUGUCAUGCGGGUGAUUAGGAAAAUUAGGACAGUGUUGGUCUCAAGAGAAGGAAUUCCUGGAAUGCCAACAAGAUGCUUUUUUAGAGCAGCUCGUGGUUGAGACCACUUGGGGAUCAGUUAUUCUGGAUUGGGUGUUGUGAUGAAGCAGAAUUAAUUAGGUCACUUAAAUUCAAAGAACCCUUCGGGGCAAGGGAUCUUUAGAUGAUCAUAUUCACCCUGACAUUGGAGAAGGAGAAGCUAAAGUCAGAUGAGGAAUAAAGAGAAUUAGAGAGGCAUAAGAGAUAAACUGGUCAAAAUUGAUUUUCAAAGAACGCGGGCAGGGAUAAAAACAGAGCAGCAAUGGCAGGAAUUUCUGGAAGCAAUUCGGAAGGCACAGGAUAUAUACAGUGGCAUGUAAAUGUCUGGGCACCCCGGUCAAAGUUUCUGUUACUGUGAAUAGCUAAGCGAGUAAAAGAUGACCUGAUUUCCAAAAGGCACAAAGUUAAAUAUGGCACAUUUCUUUAAUAUUUUAAGCAGGAUUACAUUUUUAUUUCCAUCUUUUACAGUUUCAAAAUAGCAAAAAGGAAAAGGGCCCAUAGUAAAAGUUUGGGCAAGCUGCAUGGUCAGUGCUUAGUAACACCCCCCUUGACAAGUAUCACAGCUUGUAAAUGCUUUCUGUAGCCAGCUAAGAGCCUUUCAGUUCUUGUUUGGGUACAUUUCUGGGUUCAGUCAUUAGCAGCAAAGCACUGACUGUGGAAAUUACAGAUCAGAAUAUUAUUAGAGUCACAGAGCGCAGCAACACUGAAACAGGCCGUUCGGCCCUUCUAGUCAUUGCUGACCUGUUUGUUUUUACUGCCCAGUUCCAACUACGUGCACCAUAGCCUCCAUACACCUGCCAUCCAUCUCAUCACCCAAAUUUCUCUUUAGUGUCUCAAUUGAACACAUCCACCACUUUCACUGGCAGAUCAUUCCACACUCCCACCAACCUCUGAGUGAAGAAUUCCCCUUCAGACUCCCGUCAAAGAAUUCACUUUCACCCUGAACUUAUGUCCAAUGUGGGGGUGAGAGGGAGGACGGGGUGGAGAGGGAUGACAGUAAGGGGACAGUAAUGUUGCCUCCUUACAACAAAACUAACCCUCUCACUGUGUCAGAAUCAAUGAUUAAAUCCAGCCCCAACCACUGUGUUUUCAUUCCUGCACAUUGUAACUUGAACCAUCGCACUGAGGGUCUGAUGGAGACACAACCCCUGCCCUCUGCACAUAUGAUUACAAACCCCUUGCUUCUGACAUUUCAAAUACCCUCAGAAUGGUUUUCUGAUUCAGUCUGAAGGUUAUGGUACAUUCAGCUCAUCGUCAGACCUGACAAGCCAUGUCUUCCCACAGCUGAUUCCACCUGUUGGUGUGUCCUCUUUCCUCCACCUCCAGGGAAGCUGCAUCUCCACACAAACCCCUCACUUGAGACGACUGUCUGUACCCGUGACACAGGAAAUCACAUCACUGUCACUCUCCUGAUACCAUCCGGGAAGCGGUACCGCAACAUAAAAGCCAGGACCAACAGGCUCCGGGACAGCUUCUUCCACCAGGCUGUCAGACUGAUGAACUCACGCUGAUCUGAGUGUACUCUAUAUUACAUUGUCUGUUUUAUUUAUUAUAAACUAUUAUAAAUUACUAUGAUUGCACAUUGCAUAUUUAGAUGGAGACGUAAUGUGAAGAUUUUUACUCCUGAUGGAUGUAAGAAAUAAAGUCAAUUCAAUUCAAUUCCUGAUUCCGUGUCUGAGCUGUUCGCCUCCGGGUAUCCUCCGUCAACAAGCUUCUUCCUCAGUCACCAUCUGUCAGAUUAUAAAAAACAAUUAAAACGAUCUAUCAGACAGCUCCUGUACCCCUCCACCCCUGAACAGGUUCCCCUGUUAAAACUCUCUGCUCAGCCCCUUCCCUAUUCCCUUUCCCUUUCAGACUCCCGAUGUGCCAGCAGAUCCGAAUUCACCGUGUGGACAUUUCUACCCCACAGGAGGCUGUACAAACCCGUGUCCUCUGAUGCACAGCUCAGUGACCCCAAUCCCUGUCUGCACUCGCAGCCCAUGACGGUGACAGCUGUCCUAGACUCUGUAACUCACAAUCUUGUAACACAGAAUCUUGUUCACAGCAAGUUUAGACAGUCAUUAAUAUGAAGAGAGAAUUGUUGUUUCCUGAAAGGACAGGCGAGCGAAGCUGUCUGAUCCAAUUCACCAGAUGGUCCGGUGUUUACAAGUUAAUUUGUCCCGGGACCCACACCCACACCCAC